AUGCCGUCCAUGUCCAAGUUCUCGCAGAAGUCAUUGCUCGGGCUGUCUUUAAUGGCAGCCUUGGUGCAGGCUAUUCCCACAGUUAGUCUAAACUUCGACUACCGUAACGACAAAAUCCGUGGUGUCAACCUCGGUGGUUGGCUGGUACUGGAGCCCUGGAUCACUCCAUCUAUUUUUGACGCAGCUGGCGAUUCUGCUGUUGAUGAGUGGUCUCUUUGUGCGACUCUGGGCGCGGACAGAUGUCGCUCUGUUCUGUCCGAACACUGGAGCAGUUUCAUUACCGCCGACGACUUGCAUCAAAUUGCCAGUGCAGGAAUGAACCACGUCAGAAUCCCUGUGGGAUACUGGGCCCUAAAGCACUUGGAUGGUGAUCAAUACAUCAAUGGUCAGCUGGAGUAUCUUGACCAGGCCAUCGGCUGGGCUCGCUCCGCUGGUCUUAAGGUCAUGCUUGACUUGCACGGGGCCCCUGGCUCUCAGAAUGGCUUUGACAACAGUGGAAAGCGUGGUGCCAUUCACUGGCAACAGGGUAAUACUGUUGAGAACACCAAGGAUGCCCUGGAGGCUCUCGCUGCUCGCUACAAAAACGAUGGAGACGUCGUGACUGCGAUCGAGGCUUUGAACGAGCCUAGCAUCCCGGGUGGAGUGGACCAAGGUGGCCUGAAGCAGUACUACUACGACGCAUGGGGUGUCGUCCGAAAGGCAAGCCAGGACACCACAGUUGUCUUGCAUGACGGCUUUGUGCCUACUGAAUCAUGGAACGGCUUCAUGAGCGAGUCUAGCGGCGUUUGGUAUGUGAUGAUGGACACCCACCACUAUGAAGUGUUUGACAACGGUCUUCUCGCCAUGGACACUCAAAGCCACGUCAACAACGUCUGCGGCUUUGCCAGAGAUCACGUUGUGACCUCUGAUAAGUGGACCGUUGUUGGUGAGUGGACCGGUGCCAUGACUGAUUGUGCUAAGUACCUGAACGGAAAGGGUAUCGGUGCCCGCUACGAUGGUACUUACGCCAACAGUAAUGCUGUCGGCAGCUGUGCGGGCAAGUCUACUGGAUCUGUGGAUGCUUUGUCCGAGAAUGACCGAAACAACCUUCGUCGCUUCAUCGAAAGUCAACUUGAUGCUUAUGAGAAGGGUACCGGCUGGCUCUACUGGACCUGGAAGACUGAGGGUGCUCCUGAGUGGGAUAUGCAAGAGCAAAUCGCUCACGGUGUCUUCCCCAGUCCUGUCACCAGCCGUAAAUUCCCCGGUCAGUGCUGA